UGGGCUUCACGCCCGCCGGCGUGAACGUCGUUUAACGCCCCGGGGGCGUGAAACGCCGCCCCCCUCCGGCGUUAUUUGGGCAUGAUCCGGCGUGCGUCAAAGGAAUGACGCUGCGUCAUUCCAUUCCCAUCCCCCCUUAACGGCUAUAAUAGCCGUUGCACCCCCCCCAUUCAAAAAAAAAAAUUCUUAUAAAUUCAAACCCCCCAUCCCAAUCUCUCACACCUUCUCCAUCUUCAAUCUCUUCUUCUUCCCAAUUUUUAAAAUUCGAAAUUACCCCCUCUCUUUUCAACAUGAAUCCCUCCGGCUCCGGCUUCUUUCCCGACAAUCUCGCCCCCGUCGACGCCGCGAUGUGGUAUUACCAAGAGUUGGGCGAUCAACCGCCGAUGUACGAGACGCAACAAUCGGGGUACGUCGACCGAGAUUCGGUUCCGGAGACUCAACCGGAACCGUCCGGAUCGAAAAAAAGUACACGCCGGAGGAGCCACAAAGCCAAAAGCACGUUGACCGAGGCGGCACGGUCAAUCCAAAAGUGGACGCCGGAGGAGGAGUGCAUAUUGGCGUCGACUUGGGUUGACGUCUCCGAGCAUCCUAUCAUUGGUACGGAGCAAACAAAGGAUGCGAUGUGGGAUCGUAUCGAGGAGAAGUUCUUCACGGCAAUGAAGAAGGACGACUCCUACCGAACUCGGGACCAACUCACUUCCAAAUGGAGCCACAUCAACAAAAAAGUCCGAAAGUUUAUGGGAGUUUACGAGGAAUGCUCCCGGUCCCGGAGGAGCGGCACGAACGACGCCGAUGUUCUCCGGCUUGCCACGACCCGGUAUCAAGACGACGGGAACCAAGGCAAGGUGCCCAUCGAUCUUUGGAGGAUUUUGAGUCGUUCCUCGAAGUGGCAACAACUCAACAAUCCCGACGGCGGAUCGUUCCGGAAAAGAUCCACCGUCGACGCCGAGGUUGAGGUCGACGAGACUAUCGGUUCUACCGAUCAAAUCCCUUCCUUCAACGUUGCGGAUUCCGAUGACGAGGACCCUAUUCCACGGCCGAUCGGAAGAAAGAAGGCAAAAUCUAUUGCCUCUGGUUCGGGAGGGUCCGCCUCUGUUUCCGCUUCUCCCCGCGACGAAAUCGGCCGGGCAAUGAUUGAACAACUUCGGGCGUUCAAUCUUCAAGAACAAGAGAGGUUGAAGCUAAAGGAGAAGGAGUUGAAGCUAAAGGAGCAGGAGGCCGAGAUGAAAGUCAUGCAAACCGACUCCGGGACCCUUGACCUGAGUGAACGCUCCCAUCGUCUUCUUCUUCUUCUUCUCUCCGCCCGCCGCCUCUUGACCGUUUUUACAUUUCUCCGAGUUGUAGCGAUGGGGAGCCGGAACAGUGAACAACUCAGAUUUUGCAUUGACAGAGGGGGAACAUUCACUGAUGUGUAUGCUGAGAUUCCGGGGCAGUCUGAAGGACGUGUUAUGAAACUACUAUCUGUAGAUCCUUCUAAUUAUGAUGAUGCUCCUGUAGAAGGCAUCAGGAGGGUCUUGGAGGAAUUUACUGGGAAGAAGAUUCCCCGUGGUUCAAAAAUCCCUACAGACAAGAUUGAAUGGAUACGAAUGGGAACAACUGUAGCAACCAAUGCCUUGCUAGAAAGACGAGGCGAGAGAAUAGCCCUUUGUGUGACUAGAGGCUUCAAAGAUUUGCUGCAAAUCGGUAACCAGGCCCGUCCAAAUAUUUUUGACCUCACUGUGUCAAAACCUUCCAAUCUUUAUGAGGAAGUCGUAGAGGUUGAUGAAAGAGUUGAGCUUGUCCUCGAGAAGGAUGAAUUAAAGCCAGACUCUUCUGCCUCAAUAUUUCAAGGUGUUUCAGGUGAGCGCGUGAGAGUUGUGAAGCCCCUAAAUGAAGAAACACUAAAACCACUGCUCAAAGCUCUGCUGGAAAAGGGAAUCAGUUGCUUAGCUGUGGUUCUAAUGCAUUCCUACACUUACCCACACCAUGAGAUGCUUGUCGAGAAGCUAGCUUUGAGUUUGGGCUUUAAGCACGUAUCAUUAUCAUCUGCUCUGACUCCUAUGGUUCGUGCGGUCCCACGAGGUUUCACCGCAAGUGUAGAUGCAUACUUGACUCCCGUUAUCAAGGAAUAUCUAUCCGGGUUCAUGUCCCAAUUUGAAGAAGGACGAGUGAAGUUGAAUGUCUUGUUUAUGCAAUCAGACGGAGGUCUUGCACCAGAGAGCAAGUUUUCUGGCCACAAAGCAAUUCUGUCUGGUCCAGCAGGUGGUGUAGUUGGUUACUCGCAGACACUUUUUGGAAGCGAGACAAACAAGGCCCUCAUAGGGUUCGACAUGGGCGGUACUUCCACUGAUGUCAGUCGGUAUGCGGGCAGCUAUGAACAAGUCAUUGAAACGCAGAUUGCCGGCACAAUCAUUCAGGCCCCUCAGCUUGACAUAAACACUGUAGCAGCCGGAGGUGGUUCAAAGUUAAAGUUUCAGAUGCAAACCCGGGACCCGUUUUGCUACCGUAAGGGAGGGCAGCUUGCAGUCACAGAUGCAAACCUCAUUCUGGGAUAUAUUAUUCCUGAAUAUUUCCCUUCUAUUUUUGGUCCCAAUGAAGACUUGCCGCUGGAUAUUGAUGCUACACGAAAAGAGUUUGAGAAACUCGCGAUAGAUAUCAACUCCUAUAGGAAGGCUCAGGAUCCAUCGGCUAAGGACAUGACUGUGGAGGAAAUCGCCCAGGGGUUUGUGAAUGUGGCCAAUGAAACCAUGUGCCGUCCAAUAAGGCAAUUGACUGAGAUGAAGGGACACGAGACAAGAAACCACGCUCUAGCUUGCUUCGGAGGCGCUGGGCCCCAACAUGCCUGUGCCAUUGCUAGAUCAUUGGGUAUGAAUGAAAUUCUAAUCCAUAGGUUCUGUGGGAUUUUGAGUGCUUAUGGGAUGGGAAUGUCAGAUGUGGUUGAAGAGGCACAAGAACCAUAUUCUGCUGUUUAUGGCCCUGAAUCUGUUCUCGAGGCAUCUCGCAGAGAAAAUGCUUUGCUGAAGCAGGUGAAGGAGAGUCUGCUACAGCAAGGGUUCAGAGAGGAAAACAUCACGACAGAGACAUACUUAAAUCUAAGGUAUGAGGGAACCGACACGGCAAUAAUGGUUAAAAGAAUUGGCAAUGACAAUGAAUCUGUGUGGGAUUAUGCCUCUGAGUUUGUCAAGUUAUUCCAACGGGAAUACGGAUUCGAACUUGUAAACAGAGAUAUACUGAUAUGCGACGUGAGAGUUCGUGGCAUUGGACACACUAAUAUACUGAGGCCACAUGUGUUGGAUCCGGCCGCGUCCACUCCGAAAGUCGAAACUCAUCACAAGGUCUAUUUUGGGAAUGAAUGGUAUGACACUCCUUUAUACAAGCUUGAGGGUUUGACAUAUGGUCAUGUUAUUCUGGGGCCGGCUAUUAUAAUGAACGGUAAUAGCACCGUGAUAGUACAACCCAACUCUAAAUCGACUAUAACCAGAUAUGGAAACAUCAAAAUAGAAAUAGAGUCCACUUCAGAUACAUUGUUGAAAGUAGAGGGGAAAAUCGCAGAUGUUGUCCAGCUCUCAAUCUUCAACAACAGGUUCAUGGGAAUCGCGGAACAGAUGGGCCGAACCCUGCAGAGAACUUCCAUAUCCACAAACAUCAAGGAAAGGCUGGAUUUCUCCUGUGCCCUCUUUGGCCCUGACGGGGGCCUGGUGGCAAACGCGCCGCAUGUUCCUGUUCACUUGGGGGCAAUGUCCAGCACAAUCCGGUGGCAGCUGCAGUACUGGGGCGACAAUCUGCACGAAGGAGAUGUUUUGGUCACCAACCACCCUUCCGCUGGCGGCAGCCACCUGCCUGAUAUCACUGUCAUAACGCCUGUUUUCAACAAAGGUGAGUUGAUAUUCUUUGUCGCGAGUAGAGGGCAUCACGCCGAGAUCGGAGGCAUUACCCCUGGGAGCAUGCCACCCUUUUCAAAGUCCAUCUGGGAGGAGGGGGCUGCCAUAAAGGCCUUCAAGCUCGUGGAGAAGGGUAUUUUUCAGGAAGAAGGAAUCACUAACCUUCUCCAAUUCCCAAUCUCUGAGAGCUCCGGGCGCAAAAUCCCAGGAACACGUAGGCUUCAAGACAACUUAUCAGAUCUUCGUGCCCAAGUGGCUGCAAAUCAGAGAGGGAUUACCCUUAUAAAGGAGCUCGUCGAUCAAUACGGCCUGGACACUGUACAAGCCUACAUGAAUCACGUGCAGGCGAAUGCAGAAGGAGCAGUGCGAGAAAUGCUCAAAUCUGUUGCUGCCACUGUCUCUUCUGAUUCCUCAUUGGUCACCAUUGAAGAGGAAGAUUCCAUGGAUGAUGGGUCUAUCAUACACUUAAAACUCACCAUUGAUCCUCAAAAGGGAGAAGCUCUCUUCGAUUUCUCGGGGACCAGUCCCGAAGUUUACGGCAACUGGAAUGCUCCGGAAGCCGUGACGGCUGCCGCGGUUAUUUAUUGCCUUCGGUGCUUGGUGAACGUGGACAUCCCUCUUAACCAGGGCUGCUUGGCUCCUGUGAAGAUACAUAUACCCCACGGCUCUUUCCUCUCCCCUAGUGACACCUCAGCAGUCGUGGGUGGCAAUGUCCUCACGUCUCAGAGAAUAACCGACGUCAUCCUCACUGCAUUUCGGGCGUGCGCUUGCUCCCAGGGCUGCAUGAACAACUUGACGUUCGGGGACGAGAGUUUCGGGUACUACGAGACCAUCGGCGGCGGGAGCGGAGCGGGGCCCACGUGGGACGGCACCGGCGGGGUCCAGUGUCACAUGACCAACACCCGGAUGACCGACCCGGAAAUCUUCGAGCAGCGGUACCCCGUGGUGGUGCGCAGGUUUGGGAUGAGAGAGAACAGCGGCGGCGCGGGACUGCACAGAGGGGGCGACGGGCUCGUCCGGGAGAUCGAGUUCAAACGGCCCGUCGUCGCGAGCAUCCUUUCGGAGAGGCGCGUGCACGCGCCGAAGGGGUUGAAUGGCGGGAAACCCGGUGCCCGGGGCUCGAACUACCUCGUCACGAAGGACAACCGGGUCGUGUAUCUUGGCGGGAAAAACACCGUCGAGGUGCGGGCGGGUGAAAUUCUUCGCAUUUUGACCCCGGGCGGCGGCGGAUGGGGAUCGAGUUAACGGGGGGAGUUUUAGAGCACGGCCAGUGCUAGCACUAUUUUGGAUCCUAGUUAUGGUCUCACAAAUUGCCCAAAAGGAUGUUGCUAGGGCUAGUUUAUGUUGAUUUUCUUUAGGAGGACAUGUUUGAAAUGUUGCUCGAUUGAAGUGUAUCCCAUAUUCUUUAUGUAUGGUUGAUAUAUCGAAUUAAUGAAAUGUUCAAUGUAUA